AUGCGCUUCAAGGCGAUGCUGGGCAUGCGGAGACCAAAUGCUGCAAAGGUGGACGUGACGCGCGUGAUGCAGGAGCUCAGGGACGAAGGUGCCGAGUUCAACCUCAGAACAUACAGGGGAUGCUUGGCGUUCCUGGCUAAGGGCGGGAGAGGCCGGGAGGCGCUGAUGUAUUUGGAGGAGAUGGAGUCAGCGGGAGUCGCGGCGGACAAUGCGUGCCUAGGACACGUCGCGACAGCUUGUGCGAGGGGUCAGAUGCUGGAUACAGCGUUGGCCAUGGUGCGAGGCAUGGUCUCGAAGGGGCACAGCGUUGCCCGCACGUACAAUAACAUCAUGCUCGCGAUUGUCAACGGUCAGGCAUUCACGUCUCGAACAAGCAGCAGUCGCUCCAGUUUUCGGCGCACCGCCCUGUCUAACAUGGAGUGCGAGGCGGCAGUGGGGCUUCUCGGAGAGAUGCAGGCGUGCGGCGCUCACCCGACGGUCUUCACGUACAACUUGCUGAUCGCCGCACUCGCGAGAUCUAGGAGACCACACAGCGAAGUCUUGAACCUGCUAGACCAAAUGCGCUGCGACGGGAUCAAGCCGGACAGCUACACGUACGUCGGCGUCGUCAAGGGCAUCCAGGGACCCAAGAAGAAUGCGAUGAUGAGGGCGGUACUGGAGGACGCCAAGUUGGAGCUCGAGGGGUUGGAUUUGUCGGCGGUGUACAGCGCCGUCGUGUCGGGGUAUGCCGUGGACGGCAGUUGGGAAGAUGCUUCCGCGCUGGUGGACGAAAUGUUUGCAAAUGACGUGCCGCGAGACGAGUACACGUACUGCGCCGCCAUGAAUGCGUGUAAAGAGGCGGGGAAGUGGAUGCAGGCGGCGGCGUUCCUGCCUAGAAUGAGGGAAGACGGCGUCCCACCAAACACCAUCGCCUACAACACGGUCAUCGGGGCGUGCGCGUUCUUCGGGAGGCCAAACAAGGCGUGGAACAACAAUCGGGAGACGAGCUCCUUCCUCCGCCCUACCUCGACGAGAGAAAACAAGGGACGGGGGCUGAGCCCGGCGCAGGCAGAGGCUAGCGACGCGGGAGAUUUUGCCUUGGGCUUGAUGGAGGAGAUGAAGCGGGAGGGAGUGGAGCCCGACAUCAUCACGUACGGGUCCCUCAUGUCGGCGUUGAGCCCCAGAGGGUUAGCGGGCGCCGACAUUGUGCUAGAGCUCUUCGAGACCCUGGCGAAGUCGGGGCUCAAGCCCAACAGCAUCACGUACGUUUCGGCUAUCCGUGCCUACGGGGACAAGGGCGACUGGGAAAGGGCCGAACAGAUGCUCGUGGGGAUGCAGAAAGAGCACGGUGUGGAGCCGAAUCGCUUCUGCUACUCGGCUGUGGUGAAAGCACUCGCCAACGGCGGCCAAUGGAAGAGAGCACUCGAGACUCUGGACGAGAUGCGGGAGUGCGGGCUAUCCGCAGACCCGGUGGUAUACACAGCCGCCAUAGGGGCGUGCGAAAAGUUCGGCCAGUGGGAGAAGGCUCUCGACACCCUGAGCAAGCUGGUCUCAGAAAAGCCGCCCAUGAGAUCUCUCAUGUGGGGCUACAACGCGGCCAUCAGCGCCCUUGGGAAGGCGAAGCAGAUGGAGGGGAUCAAAGACUUGGUCGCGACAAUGAAGGCUAGCGGGCUGAAGCCGGACGAAUACACGUACGCGGCAAUGAUGCGAGCGAGUGGCAUAGACGGCUCUUGGGAGGAGUCUUGGUCCAUGCUGGUAGAGAUGGAGCAGGCGGGGGUCCGGCCUAACCGAGUGGUGUACAACACUCUCAUCGCCUCCGUGUUGAAGGGCGAGCAGAUGGAGAAGGCGGACGAUAUUUUGAAUCGCAUGCGGGAAGGAGGAGUUCCUCCGGAUGUGACAACCUACACCACCAUCAUGUCCGGGUGCAAGAGGGAGUCGGACUGGAGAAGGGCUGAGGCUCUGCUCUCGGAAAUGGAGUCGUUCGGGGUCAAGCCCAACUCCAGGACUUUGACGGCUGUGCUAAAGGUCUACGGAGAUGCUGGCGAGGUGGAGCGAGCACUGGCUCUGUUCGAGCAAUACGAUGCCAGUGGCAUGGUGAUGGACGUGAUUUGCUUCAACACUCUGAUGGGGCCUGUGCUCAAGAAGGACGACCCGGAAACGGUUUUAGAGUUGUUCAGCAGAAUGGAGUCUCGAGGGGUUGAGCCAGAUAGCUUGACGAUGAGCUUGGUGCUGAGGGCAGCAGAGCAGGCUGGUGCCGCCGAGUGGGCUUGGCUGUUGAUGGAGAAAAUGCGAGAGGAGGGAGGCGUGAUAGCCAUGCAGGUUUACGCAGACGGCAUCCGCGCGUGUUGCGUCAAGACUAGGACCAUCGCCGACGAUGAUGACGAUGACGAUGACGGCGAUGACGAGGAUAACGGGGAAGGAGUUGAGAGUGAGGAGGGCCUGGUGGAAAGUAGUUUAGAGGAGGCGAUUCUGGACAAUGCGGCGGACAGUACUCCAUUGCGACGGGCGAUGAGUAUCUUCAUCGAGGCGCGGCAGGUAUACGAGGGCGAGAACAUCGCCCGUCUCUACGCCGGCAUUUUGUUGGCGUGUGCUAGAGAUGAGCGGGCGGAAGGGGCUGACGCUGCAAGAAAUCUCCUGGAUGAAAUGAGGCGCUCCAAGUUCCCUCCAGACAAGGCUUCGUUUGGGCCGGCGGCAUCGGCCCUUGCGUCCGCAGGAGACUGGGGAGAGGCCAUCGAGGUCCUCAAGGAGGGGGCGGCGAUGGGUGCGCUUCCGAACAAUAUCGCGUAUGAGGACAUUAGGGCGGCGGCUCACCAGGAGGGGCAGCUGAAGGUUGCCAACGAACGCCUACAUGAGAUCAUCUACCCCGAAGUGGACCCUACUGCGGCAGAUGCUAGUAGCACAAACGAAUAG